CAAAUGUGCCAGAACGUGAAAAAUGCAAUAGAUGUUCCUGAACAGUUGGAAAUCCUACGUGCGGCAAUAAAAAUCUGUCGGCGGUGACCGGUAAAAUGUGAAUACAGUUAUUUGCUGCGCGAUAAUUUUCUACUUUCCGAUAAAUGUACUGUGACGACGGCCGUUCAACGGAUUCCACCGUUCGCGGAGCACGAUGACGCGCAUUACGUUUCUGCAUCCUGACCUCGGUAUCGGCGGCGCCGAGAGGCUCGUCGUCGACGCCGCCCUGGCAUUGAAGAAGAGCGGUCAUGAGGUGAAUUUCGUCACGACUCACCACGAUCCGGAUCAUUGUUUCUCCGAGACCAGAGACGGCACGAUUCCCGUCACCGUCGUGGGCAACUGGCUACCUAGACACAUCCUGGGCAGAUUCUACGCUGCCUGUGCCUACAUACGCAUGAUAUAUGCAGCUAGCUACAUAAUAUUUUGCGAUCGACGACCGGAAGUUGUCUUUUGCGACUUGGUGUCCGUCUGCAUUCCCAUUCUUUGGUUGCGCAUUCCAUAUAUAGUGUUCUACUGUCAUCAUCCGGACCAGCUGCUUUCGCAGCCUGGUGGCUAUAGCAAACAGCUGUAUCGCAUGCCACUGAAUUAUCUGGAAGAGAUUACCACUGGCAUGGCACAUAAAGUAUUUGUAAAUAGCAUUUAUACAGGUAAAGUGUUUCGAAGCACAUUCAAGAGAUUGCACAUUGAACCUGAAGUUUUGUAUCCUUCCAUUAAUACGGAUUUCUUUGACAAGACAAGAAUAGUAUCCAUAGAGAGGGUACUCGAUAAGAAAUUACCAAAUGAUAGUAUUGUACUAUUGUCGAUCAAUAGGUACGAACGUAAAAAAAUGUUGUCACUCGCGAUAGAGGCUCUCGCGGAACUGGGGAAACUAUUAACGAAAGAAAUAUACAGAAAAGUAUAUUUGAUUAUGGCUGGUGGAUAUGAUAAGAGAGUCGAGGAGAAUGUGGAGUAUCAUUUGGAAUUGAUAGGACUCGCGGACGAGUUACAUGUAACGGAUAAAGUGAUAUUUUUACGUUCACCUUCUGAUAUUGACAAAGUCUCAAUACUUAAACAUUGUAAAAUUGUAAUAUACACACCACCGAAUGAGCACUUUGGGAUAGUUCCCUUAGAAGCGAUGUACGUAGGCAAGCCGGUGAUUGCUCACAAAUCUGGCGGUCCAAUGGAAUCGAUAGUUUCUGGAGAAACUGGUUUUCUGGUUGACUUAUCGGCCGAGGCCUUUGCUUCAAAAAUAGCCUUCCUCAUUAAAAAUUCAGAUCAUAUUGAGGAGUUCGGUACAGCUGGAAAAGACAGAUUUUUGAAAACAUUCAGUUUUGCUGCAUUUAGUGCUCAAUUGAAUAAAGCGAUAGAUGACUUGAUUAAGACAUAAUAUAAUGUUUUUUUUAUUCAGAGGAAUAAUAAAGUGAUUCUUCUCAAUUUUUUUGCACGAUAGCAAAUAUAUUUGAACUGAUCAAUAUUUAAAAAUAUUGAAAUACUAUGAAGCAAAAGCAUUUUUCAUGACAAUUUAUGUCAUGUUCUAUAUUAAUCAAAUGUUUGAUUAAAAACUAUAUUUUCUACUGAAUUAUAGCUUAAGUUUGUUUAAUUUUAU